GAUUUCGUGGCGGAAUAGGGGCCGAUAUUUCUCGUCCCAUCCCCUCUUUCGAUCCAGCAACGACGGAGCACAGAGAGCGGUUACUUACGAUUCUACAGUCAACCUCUGGACAUCCACCUGUGAGGACGGAGGAGGUGUUCGACCCCACGACAUCCGGUGUAGUGACAUGAACAGUGUUUAAGAGACCCGUGUGCCCUCGUUUCGAUCCCGUCCCUCUCGACUCACCGAACGUUUCGAUCGAUUAAUGCUACGCGUGGUCGAUCACAUCAUCGUCGAACGGGCCGAGAAAAGGUUUCAAACGCACCAGUGUUAAAAAGAGUCCGAUCUUCCUCGCGGUGAGCGACGAUGUCCAGGUACCUCGGCCUGAUCCUCGUUAUCACGACGUGUGGCCACGUCUACGGAGCCAAAAAAUGCGAGGGGAACGGGCUGGGCUUGAAGUACGUGUGGGGCGACGCGCUCACGGACCCAGCGGACUGCAUAGGUCCCAAUAACAUGCAAUAUCCGUCAGCCGCGAUAUCGAGAAGUUACAAGAAUCUGUGGGCGAGCAGCAGAACGGCGAGGUCCCAUCAGCCUAGAACGAUCGAUCCCGAAUUGACGAGGCAGGCGCUUCUGCACAAUUACAAGGCGGUACACGGGGGCUACUCCAUCGCUGAGAACUCUCGAAACGGACGAGCAUUUUCGCCGAGAGAAACGUGCGGUUCGCCAGCCAGAUUAUGCAAAACGAGGUACAACACCACGGCGCCCAUGUACGGGGUCAGCUUAACCAGCGGCCAACCGGUGACGAUCGUGCAAAAAUUCCCCGAUCUUUUGCAACAGGUCGUGUUCGAAGUCUGCGAGUCGAAGGAGUGCGACGUGGUCCACGGCGAGUGCACGCAGACGUACGUGCCGUACCUGUUUCUAGUGAUUCCGCUCGGUCCGGUGACCUUGACCGGUCAGGAUUACGUUCUCGUGGAGAGCGGUUGCGUCUGCAAGCCGAGGAAUUCGGCAAGCGCCCCGUCGGAGUCCCCGGCCGUACCGAGCUUUUAA